UUAAUUGUGUGGGCGAGCCUUAGUUCGAUUGCAGCCCCUCGUCGGCGGCCGAUCGAUCGCUCGAUCGCGCGCUUCUUCUUUUCAUGUGGAUCGAUCUUCUUGUUGUUUGUUUGGUUUUGCAUUGAUUGGUUCGUCGUCGACUGCGUGAUUGCUUGGUUGCUUGCGUGCGUGCGUGCGUCCGGCCGAGCUUGCUCUGAGCCGCGGAGGUCUGUGAGUGCGUGGAUUGGCUCGGGACUAUGAGUGAAGACGAUCUGUGACUCGAGAGGCAGGCUGGAAGACGAGAACUUGGACGAGGCGGACGGGGCCGAGAGGCGGAGGAAUGUUGUAAAUUGCGGAAUUCCAUGAAAGUUCGACAUGAUUGGAAAUGCUGUAUACUCCCUGAAGUGCGCUUCUCGGAUAUAUGAUUUCUGCGUGACGUUCCUGAAAAUAUCGGAGAUCAAUGUUCCUCUCCAGUCGAGAUCGUUUCCUUCGGCUGGAAGUCCAGCUGGAAGUGGAAGACUCGCCAAGCGCUGUUUGAAACUCACGGCGCUGUAUGGCACUGGACAGCGGGAAAUUGGUGAAUUUGAGGUGGUGGGAGAUGAAUGUGUCAUUGACCACCAGCUCAACUACCAAGUCUAUCCAUCCGAUUCAGCAACCGUCACUAAACUCCAUGUCUACGUAGACGAGGCGUGCAGUUAUGGACUGACGGGUCACGUCACUGUUGAUCUCAAGGAGUUCAUUGGAGAACAUGAUUCAGAAGUGUACUUGGAAUACCCGCUAACUCCGAGCAGCCCGCGCCAUCGCGCCGCAAAGCUGAAGAUCGUGGUGCGUUGUACAUUUCCUCCCCCUGAAGAGGAUCCCGACUUGGACUUGGAGACCUUCCUCUCUGACAGCUUCCCACACAGCGACUCACACCGCAUUCCAGAAGAAUCUGAGGUUAAACAUCUUCUUCCUGGGUCGGAGUUUGGAUCAACACAGAUCAACCCGGAUGAGAUUCGUCGACAGGAGAAUGGCACAUUGGAUCAGACUUUGUAUCAGGCGAAGACUCUAUGCAUACAAUCAAAAUCAGAGAUUCACCUCUUGAAGGAUUUGGAAGGCGAUCUUCUUGGCCUCAAUUCGAAGUUACAAAAGUUCGUCGCAGAGUACGCACGAUCAAAGUCGGUCUUUGGACAAUAUAGGCGGGAAAGGGAUUCCACUCCACUGAGUAAAUCUGAUUUGCAAGCAGCUAUUUUUUUUGCUGCUGGUGUUACCAUGCAGCAGCGCCUAUACGCGUUACAAGCUGCUUCCGUCUGCUCCCAACCAUUAGUCGAAAAGCACGGCGCACCUUUCACCAAAAACUCUCUGAUUCUUCUGAGAUCCAAAACUGAAGAUUGUGAUGUAUUACCUGUGAUAGGUCCUUCUCCCGAAAAGGACCUGGCGGAGGUGGUCACAUUCACCGAAGAGAACCUCUUGGGACUAAAGACGGAACCCCACUCUGAAUCUUCUUCAUCGUCAUCCUACAGCAGUGGUGCAGAAAGCGUUGAGAGUUCUACAGAGAAGGCUCAUGGAAGAAACCACGGGCACGCGUCAACCAGCUCGAAUUGCAAUAACUGUGUUGUUUGUUCUGCCUGCUCGACACCUGAUUCACAUGGGAUUGAAUCCUUUCCAAAUUCUCCGUAUUGCGAAGAAACCCGCCCGCUGAAUGGUGCUAGAUCAAGGAGUACCAGUGGCGAAAGAGAAGACGUAAAAGUUUCCAACCCCACUCCGAAGAGGAGUGUUACAGCUGUUAUUCGGAAUGUUCUUGGUGUGUUGUUGAUAGCAGGAGUAUCUUUCAUGCUAGGAGCCAAAGUUGGAUCCUUGGGUUUCAAGCGAGAGAGAACUCCAACAGGGAGUGAGAAUUGGGCAGAUAUUAAGCAGAUGGAAGCAUGGAAGGAGACCGUCAUUUCUGGGAUGAGGAACCCGAACGACUUGAUGGGGGGGCUCCAGAGCCGCAGAUCAGCGCAGUACCAACCAGCUCAAAAUCCUCUGCUUCCGGAUAAGAAAUUUAGCCCACCUGACCAAUUUCUGGAUAUUAACCUCAGAAACAAGAUUGCCCUUCGGUCAGACUGUGAUGAGCAAACCGGCACGGAUUCUCCCGUAACGACGGAAACGGAGUAUCCUAGUGACAGAACUGCUAAAGACAAGGGUAGUAAAGGCUACAGCAACCUUGUAGCUAGAGAGUAUCCUUUAGGCAACCUCAAUGCACAGGUAGUUCCCGUGGAAUUGAGAGGGCUGGUCGCUCCUAAUGAGCCCAGAAGUUUUGAGAGUAAUGAGCAAAGAGGUGGGUCUAGGACUACCGUAGAAGGUUACGGAGGCAAUGAGAGCCAAGAGGAGGUCCUACGAUGGAGGAAGAUGCUGAGAGGCACCAAGGCUGGACUACGAGAAGACACUGGCGCAAAGAAUUGACGCACAACUGAAUUAGAUGACAUGAGAAGACUCUAUCCGUGCAAAAAUAGAAGUUGUCAGUACUGCGAUGAGAACUUGCUUGUGAUUGCUUAUCUUUGAGGAUAAGCUACAAAAUGUGAUAUCAAGCUCUUCGUCGUGGGAAGAAGGCUAACUUCUUAGUGCAGCGUGAGACUGGAAUAGGUGGAGUAAGUUGGAUAGAGUGGUCGGUCUAAGCUUCUUCCGCUGGAUAACUGUUGUCGUGUCAAUCUCGAGAUGGACGGUUACGACUCUAACAGCCUACACAGCAAUCAUACAACUUAUCAAAUUCUAGAUGGAUGCAUAUCCUAGAGUGUAGACAUAAGAGCAAGACGGAGGUGCUGGAUCAUCAUGUCAGUAGCCAGUCGGCCCCCCCUCAGCCUCUCCAACUGCAUGUGGUGCAAAGUGUUUCUUCUCUGGCCCUUUGUGGGUUCCUGUACAUAAAUAAACAAUAUAUCAAUAUCAAGUGUCCAAUUUCUCUCUGUGG